ACACACACACACACACAUACACACAUACACACACGAACCUGUUUUAUUUUACAAUGACACACACACACACACACACACACACACACACACACACACACACACAUGGAUGGUAACUGGGCGUCCACCGUGGGCUGAGGCGACAGUCGACACAGACCCAACCUUGUGAUAACAGACAGGAGCUCAAAACUUCCUGAUGGCGCCUGCAACUGCUUAUUCUGCUGCAUUUUGACAUGCGGCCUUAACAGUUCCUGCUGUUGGUCAAUUGUUGAUGAUAACUGUGCUGUGUCUUGACUUGCUGACUCAACAUUUUGUGUUGGUUCUUGUGGUGGUUCUGCGUGGCAAGGUGUAGACUGACCCACAGAAGGCGACGCCACUGGAAAGAAGAAGCGAUGGGCGACAACCCUGAGGACUGCCCGGUGUGCCUGACGACCUACGACGACGCCCUACGGCGGGCAUACACGAUGCCCUGCGGGCACUCGCUGUGUUCACGCUGCAUCGAUGGCCUAAGGGAUCGGAGUCACGUCACCUGUCCCAGCUGCCGUGUCAGACACGCUGUUCCUGAGGGGUUGCAGUUCCAUUUAAGUUACACUCCUGAAGCUUUUAUCAAAAGGCUGAAUCUUACAGUGGCGGCAGAAUCUGCUGCAGCCGCCUCAUUGCCACCCAAGGAUCUUGGGGGUCAGUGCACUGGAAUAGGUGGCAGGCAGUGGGAAGCCGCAGGUCUCAGUCCCAGCGUUCUCUUUCUGCUGCAGGAGCAGGAGGCAAAAAUUCUGGCCGCCAUCAGCACCUGCCAGGAGAUUCAUGCACAGCUGGACGAGUAUCAGACAACACUGGCGGGCUGGUGUCAGCAGCAGCAGUGGUUGGAAAAUGGCUUACAGAAGGUGAUUGACGAGAGCCAUAGUGCCAGGAUGCUCGUGUUGCAGGAUGAGUCUAGGGCGGUGGCCAAGAAGGAGGAGACGAAGGAGAGAGAGAGGCACCUGCAUGCUGCGCUGGAAGCCCUGAGCAGGGUCACCUCAACACAGGAAGCAUUGCCGGCUAUUGACGACGCCCACCACAGCACUGACGAAGCGGAGCAGAGGGCGGGGGAAUGCCGAGAGAUGUUCCCCGACGUAGUCGUUGCCGCAGCUGCCAGGAAGACGAUGGAUGAAUCAACUGCAGCUAUGGAGGCUGCAAAACAAGUUUGGAUAGCACAGGAGACUUCGGCCAGCGCUAUCAAGGAGCCCCGCCACCAGCCUCCAGCUUGGACCAUCACCGAGAAACUCAAGGAUAUGCUAGCGCAGCCAAAUUUGACGCAGGCCGAGGACCUUCACAGUACGACUCGGCCAUUUAUUUGGCUGCUUUUGGCUCAACGGGUGUUUGCCAUGCACCAGGUCGAGGGUCGUCACCGGUUCGCAAGGAUAACCAUUGAAGACGACCGGCUAUUUCUUCACGCCCUGCAGGACCUAUCCCUGCCCCUUGGAGCUGCCAAACUGCAGCUCAGUGAGGUUGUGCCAGCCUGCCCACCUUGUCUGGUGUUCCUGGACCUGUGCUGGCCAGCCAGCAUGCAUCAGAGGGUCAUCAUCCGUCUCAGCCCCGAUACUCCGAUGGCCCGACAGUUCGUGUUGCUGUGCUCUGGGGAGCGCGGCCCUUCUUAUGCUAACACCAGGUUGUGGGGGGUUGGGGACAAGGGGUUGCCUGGAGAGAGGUUGUGGUUUGGAGACUACGAGAAUAAUGAUGGGACAGGGGGAGCCGCUCUACUGCCCAACCUAAGUAAAGAGACCAUGAAGGUAGGAUUAGGAGGAGACGGCGCGAGCUGGGUGAGGUAUCCCAGGAAAGUGAAGCCAGUUUCCCCGCGCUGGCCAACGCCCUGGACUGGCAGGAUGGCCGCGCCAACCCUAAAUAUCAGUAGCUUUAUUAAAUGUUUUUUUAUCAAUUAUUUCGCUAUCUGUUAAGGUACUACAACUUUUUUCUUGCUUUUAGACUAAGACAUUUUUAUUAUUAUUUCAAGUACUUUUCAAAUUAAUAUUUAAUUGUAUUAAAACAAGUACUCAUGCGCGAAAAUAAGUAUUUUCAGUGCGAUGAGCUACAUACUAGAAAUACAAAUAUACGUACAUGCAUUAACGACCAUUUUUCAAGUAACCUAAACCCUGAUUUUAUAUCUUUUGUGGAUAAUAAAUAUUCAUAGCACAACUAAUAUUACCUGAUUCAUUAGUUAAUUGUAAAGUACAUAAUCUUAAGUACACUAUUAUACAAUUAUCCAUCCUAAAUUUAGCAAGAGAAAUUGGAAGUAGGUUUGGUUUGUAUUUAUUGGCCACUAAAAUUAAUAAGUUUUGUGUACAACUGACGGCUCCUUACCUUAAUAUUACUUGCUAAUUUAUUAUUAAGCGUUACUUGUGUCAUGAAUUUCGGAUCAACUUUCACUUGUCGCAUAUAACUAAGAUUUUAUAAUAAAUGUUAACCUAUAUUGA